AUGGCCAAUAUGGUCAUGGCUAAAGAAGUAUCCUCAUCAGCAUCCCCUAAAUCAUCACCAUCACCAUCGUCAGCACCAGAAGCAUCAGAAAAAGAAUCAGAAGCACCAGCAUCUUCUCCAAAAGCUACCACUUCAGCACCAACACCAGCACCUUCAACUGAUGCUCCUGUCUCUUCACCCGAGGCUUCACCUGCCUCUUCACCCGAGGCUGAUGAAGAAAUUUCAUCUCCACCAUCACCAUCCCCUGCUGAUGAUCUCUUCGCUCCUGGAUCCGCCCCUGCUUCUGAUGACGUGGCUCCCGCUGCCGCCCCAACUGCUGAUGAGGCCGCUGCAUCAUCUCUUCGCUUCUCUGCUGCCGCUGCCACCGUUGUCGUUGCCGGCUUCUUUGCCUUUUAA